GUGCUCCAACACCGACAGCCGCAGCGAUGGCCACCAGCACACACCACUCGCAGAUGCCGCUCCCGCGAGCCCUAGCACUGUCGAUCCGCUGCUGCAUGCGAGCCUCUCGCGCAUCUGCCUGAGCCCUCCGGCAGCUGGCGGCAGAGGGCGAAAAAACAACAAAAAAUCUCUCUCUGAUGGCCCCGUAUACCUUAGUCUUACUCACCCACCACUCUCUGUCCUCUCUCUGCCUUUUUUCUCCCCACCGGUUUCCCCCAAUUUGUCUGAAAUGCGUCCAUUUAAACACUCUGGCAAACAGCGAUUUCGCCCACAGGUGUCGUCGGCCAACGCUGGCAGCGCGCAUUCGAGCGGCACGUUCAAUGGAGAGCAGGUGGCAGCUGGCUCGCCGCAGGAGGCGACGGUGGCGUCGCCGGCGUCAAAUUACACGCUGACCGACGACCGGGCUGCAAAUGAGCCAGGCAAACGCACUACACUCAAGCCGAUUACAAAGCCCACCAUUGUUCCCGACCCCACCGUAGUUACUGUUGCUACGGCCAUGGUUGGCCCAGAGUCCACGUCUUUCUCGUUCUCGCCGCCAGCGCUCAGCCAGUCGCCGCCAACACAGGCCGCGCCCAGCGCAUCGAGCCCUGAAAUAUACAGCCCAGCGACCCGGGCGUCGCAGAUCGCCGAGAAUAUCGGCACAGUUAUGCAGAGUGACCGGUGUUCAGUACACCCAGGCAUGCGCAAUGACUACUGGUGCGAGUCGUGCGAACUGGCUAUUUGCGAACUCUGCAUUGACACAAGCAUCGAUGUUCCCACAGGCACCGCCCACCACUCGCACGCCAUCACCAAGCUGGCAGCUGCCUACGACGAUACAUUCGAGGCGAUCGAGCUCAUGCAAGUGAAGCUUGUAAAUCAUCUGAAGGAUACGCGGCAUCGAAAUGCCCUGCUGGACUCGGCAGUUAGCGAGCUGGCCGACUCGUACUCGCAGGCCCAGGUGGCCAUGGAUGAGCAGCUGCUGCGCGAUACCGAGCGAGUCGAGACCGCGUUCCGCGACGCGCAGUCGUCACUGGAGGAGCGGAUUGCCGAGUGUGCUGCGUGGCGCGAUGAUCUAGACGAAACGCUGAAGAUGGUGCAGAUGAUGGUCGAGGAGCUGUCUCCGGCGCAAACUGUUGCUGAGCGCGAGCAAAUUCUCGAGCUGCUGUCGAUAUCCGAGCAGGCACGGCCAAUUGACUGGGAAGAGCCGCUGCCCAAAGUAGCCCGGAUCGAAGAGGAGGUGAUGCCCGCCUGGCACUACGCCAGCGUUGAAGUGCCAGAUGUCAUGGAGCUCGGCCGCAAGCGCGGGCAUGUGCGUGUAGUCAGCGAUGCAAUCUCAGCACACGGUGUUGUCUGGCAGCUGGAGAUUCGCCGCAGCCGCAGCCGCCUCGGUACGCAGUGCCUGUCGGUAGUGGUUAACCGCAUCGAUGGCUGCGAGAAUAUCGACGGCACGUUCACUGUCAGCGUCGGCUUAGCCAAGGUUUCUGACAGCGAUUGCGAGUCGGAAUCGUCGGCACUGUCGCGGUUCAGAAAUGAGUCUUGCAAUGUGUGGGGCCAGAGCUCAUCAUCACAAACUUUCAACAUGUGCCCGCUCGAGGACCUGAAGGACUCGGAUACACUUACGCAGUCGGGCAGCGUUUCUAUCCGCUUUGGCGCAGACCGCAUCCGUGUGCUUGAAGAGAAGCUGCGCGCAGCAGAGAAUGGGAAAGGGGACAUGGAGCAGGCGGCGCUCGAGCUAAUCCGUCGUCGCCGUAGUGAUAUCCGGUCGUGGGCUGCUUCGCCAAGGAACCCCAGGCGGUCCGAGGUGAAGCCCGAUCAGAUGCCGAUUCCCGGCUUUACUUUUGGUGCUCGUCCUAGUGAGAUGCCGUCCGCUGUGCAAUUGCCACCGGCACUGCUGUCCCCAAUUUCGCAUGCUGCUGCUGGAUCGUCGUCGAAUGUUUCUACGUCGUCAGAAGGACAGGCCCAGUAUCAGGCGGAAGCCAGUUCUGAGAGCACAGAAAAAUCCUCGCACCAGAGGUCGUUCUCGUUGACUGCCAAGCUUCGCCGUCAGCCGCCGGCUCCGUUCCCAUCGUCUGGCCACACCCGCUCUCUGACAUCCACGCCUAGCACCCAGUCGUCGGAGUCUUCGUCCCUGGCCUACGCCAGUGCGCCCUCAGGCUCAGCCAGCGUCUCAGUAUCGCCCAAUGACGACAAGGCUGGCGUUUUGCGCCGUCUCAGCGGCUGGGUCAAGACAACCGAGGGCAGGUUCGUUCAGCACGCCAAGCGCGUGAAGAAAAUUGCUAGCGGCCACAAGGGGUCUCCUGGAGCAGUAGAUCAGCAGAACAGCAUCGACGAGUGGACAUUCUUGGACAAGUCGUACUCUGAGGCCCUGCAUUGCGAAGCAGCCGAACAUGUGGCCGACAACGGAUCGCCGCUGGCAGCAUCAACGCCAGGGAGCGCUGGCACAAAGCCGCCGCCGCCACCACCACAGAUUCCGUUGCCACCACCGCCAUUUGCCGCUGACUUUGGUGCGUCCGAUACGGUCGAUGAUAGCGGGUUCGCAUUUGAUGGAGCAGCAGAUAUUGAACGCGAGCAGAUGGAGGUCGAUGCGCGCAUGGAGAGCCGUCGCCAGAAGCGUGCUAUGAUGGGCCUCGGCGGCGAGCAAGAGCCGCUGUCUCCGGCUGCCUUGGCUUCGCCUCUAAAAGGGUCCUGUGCCGCUGGGUCACCGUCCCCGUCGAAAAAGUCCCCGCGCCAGCAGCUUGACAUUGACUCGGAGGAGGUUCUCGAGGAGCGCUACAAGUCGAUCAUCCAGCGUUUUGAUGCGCUGCAGCUGAUUGCGAAUACAGUGCAGAACUCGCGCACGAUGCGCCGGGUCAGCUCUGAAAUCAACAUCGUUAUGGAGGGGCGUCGCCGGCGUCUGGAGGAAGCCCGCUCUGGCGGCAACACUACCAAUGACCCGAGCCCACGCCGCACUGAGCACCCAUUGAACCGCGCUACGAGUCCUGAUUCAUACACGUCCCCUGAGCUAGACGAGGGCUCAUCAUCAGGAAUUUGCGCCAAUCGGUACUACGCGCUGACGAAGAAGCAGAACCCAGCGCAGGCUCUCAGCCGUCGCUCAAUCAGCAUGGACCCUCGUGAGAUCAACUACGCACUGGCCGGUGCUCUUGGUGGGAUGCAAGCAGCAGCUGGUGAUAACCCGCCGUUGCCGAAAACGGACUCGGAUUCCAUGGACCUGGUCAAGGACCUGCUGUCAAGGUCGUUUUCCCCGCCCGCGGGCGAGCCGACGCUGUCUCCAUCUUCUGGGACUGUCGACAUGAAGCCAGCUUCGGUGUCCUUGCCCGAGACCACUGCCAUGGAUCCAUUGCUAUCGCCAGAAAUCAAGGGAGCCAGCCACAAUUCGGCUUCGCUCACAACUUCUCCGAGACAACAACGUGCCCGCCGCUGCUCAAUCACCUCAGUGACAUCAUCAACGUCAUCCUAUCAGCAAGUCGCCUGCUCGCAUGGUCCCCGUGAGAGUUCCAGCUCUGAAUCGGUCUUCCAGCCAGCAGCCAGCAACCGCAAUGGAAUGCCGCCAAUUGAUCUGCAGCACCUGACGCCCCAGGCAAACAAGACCGGCGGCAUCCUGAAGGCUGGCCGCUCGAGGCGGUCGAAGCCGACGCGGCUGCACAACAUUGCAUCGGUGGCAUCUUCGUUUGCUGUCAGCGGUGGCGACAUCAUUGGCAGCCCGCUGCUCAAGGCUGGCCGCAGCUCGACCCUGCCUGUCAUUGUCGAUGAGGCAAAGCUUGCCAGCACUGCCGUCACGCCGCCGUCAUCAAAGAGCGGCAGCAUGCCCCGGCACCCAAAGUCGUCGCAGUCCACGCGCAAGAGGGUGCGCUUCCCAGAUGAGCUCCGCUUGCUCGAAAACAUCCGCCUCAUCAACCCGCAGGUUGCGCAGUUGCAUGAUGAGCGAGCUGCAGCAGCAGCGAGUGCGCGUGGCAUCGAACACGAGGAUGUCAACAGCCUUUCGCCGCUGGGCAUAUCGGCGCCCCGCGAGAAGCGCAUGGGGUCGCCGCCGCCGCCGGCUUUCGAUUUGUCCAUGGCCCUGGAUGCGGACGACGAGGAUGAUGGUCUGGUUUCGCGAAUCAAGCACAGCCUGCGUAAGUCGGUACGGCAGUCAGCCGAUUCGCUCGAGAACCGGGAGCACAGCCCGUCGCCGCCUCGAUCUGGGAGCCCCGAAAAGUUUGAAGUGGCCGAAGCCCCCGUCGACUCUCCAACCAACCCUGCCACACACUCGUUUCAGCGCCAGCCAAUCCCCUCGCAGCUGAGAGCACCUGUGUGCUUCGGUGGCACCACCGGUGACGAGUAUUCGAGGUGCCUUGGUAAAGUGUCCAUUGACAACUCGCCGUCGAGCCUGGCCAGCGCAUUCGAACCUUGUUUGUCGCCAUCGCCACCAGCCACAGACUCGCAGGCAGCGACACCUCAGUCCCAGUCUGUUAGCGGCCACAGCAGCCGCGGCACCUCCAUGUCUUCGACCUUGUCGGCUUCAUUAGCUGGCCUGGGCAUGGACCAAGGUCGUGCCUCAAUAACUACCACCGAGACCGACGGCUCAUCCGUGGAUCUGCCACUCAAAAAGAAUAACCAAGGCAUGCAUGUUGGUCCCAAUGUCCCGUCGGCGCAGUCAUCGCCGAUGGGCAGCAUGCCGCUGCAGCAAGGCACACCGUCGACUACAACCUCGAGUAUGCCGCAGGGGACCUUCAGCUCUGCAUACCGGUAUACCACCGAUAUGAUGGUAUUUGGCGUUGAGCAGAUUCCUGCCAUUGCCCGCGGCAAAAACACUGCCAUGUCUAUUUUCCAGCAGGGCUCGGAUACCGCUCACCAAUAACUUAUGCAUAUAGG